AUGUCUAUACGUAUUUUAGUAAUAUCGCUAUUUAUUGUGCAAUGCUCGAAUGCUAAUGUAUUCUGGGAUGCAGUAACGCAAACUGUAUUGGCUACAAAAGAACCAAUUUUGAAAUUAAAUAUAAGUAGACGAUGUGCUUGGCAACUAGAAGUACUUUAUGAUAAUGUAGAUAUAGUAUACCAAAUGCUGGAUGCCUCGGCCAAGUUUCCAUAUGCUUCAAUUACUGACUUGGGCAGAACCGAACUGGGAGAUUUUGAUCGAUGCUUGGCCAUCGAUUCAACUAUAGAUGAAAUUAAAAUUUUAGGAAAAUAUUGUUAUGCUGGACUGGUUCUACCAGAUUUUGCUGAUAUAUCCAACAUUAGUAUAUUUUAUAAAUUGGCAACUUGUACACCAAGCGAAUGUACUGCUAGCGAUCUUUUGACCAUUGGCAAUUAUGUAAUUCCUAACUUUCCUCCAAUACUGAUCGACGAGUUUUGUACGACAAAAGAAACCGGAAAAGAAAUAUCUCUUGGGACCUUUGUAACUAUUGGUCUUUUUAUUUUGGUGCUAUUUUUAAUGAUUGUAAGCACACUCUAUGACUUCUAUUGCAACAAAGUGGGAAUCAAAGUCUCUCAUCCUUUAUUAGUAUCGUUUUCGGUAAUUACAAACACAAACAAUAUUCUUAGAGUAUCUUUAAAACCAUCAGAUGAAACAAUACAAACAUUCAGUGGUUUUAGAAUCAUCAGUGUCGCUUGGGUAAUAGCGGCACAUGGUGUUCAAUCUUUUACAACAAUGAUGAUGCCUGCUAUGAAUAUGGAUUAUGCUAUUUCUCGGAUUUACCUGAGGUAUGCCUCAUAUAUGUUUGGUGCUAACCACGCAGUUACAACUUUUUUCUUUAUGAGUGGUUUCUUGGUAGGUUAUCUUUACUUCAAACGAAAAAUUUUGCCUUGGAAGAUGCAGGUAAAAUAUGUUCCUCUAUUGUAUCUUCAUCGAUAUAUUCGAAUAACUGCACCAGUACUAAUGCUCUAUCUAGUGGCGGUAUAUUUAUUUAAACACAUGGGUAAUGGACCUUUAUGGCAGCCUGGAUGUCAAACUGAAAUAAACAAUUGUAAAACAUAUUGGUGGUCUUAUUUUCUUUAUAUCCAAAAUUAUGCAAAUUGGGAUCAGCUGUGCAUAAUCCCUCUAUGGUAUAUAUCAGCGGAUAUGCAGUUAUUUAUUCUUGCUCCUUUGGUAUUGAUACCCAUAUCUAUAGUAUUAAAAUCACCCGGUGGAUUAAAAUUAGCAAUGCUAAUAUUAGCAGGAUUAAAUUUUUUGUUUUUGCUGGUGCAUAUAGCAUCCAAAUUAUCGUUUCCCGAAUAUACUAAAAAUGCUUUUGAUACACACGGAAGAUUGCCCGACUAUUUUAUAGGCAUUAUGAUGGGAAUAUUUAUGAGAUUCGCUAAAAGUGAGCCUUUUCUGGGUAAAAUCAAAGCAAGAUAUGCUUCCAAAUUAAAUGUUCUAAUAUGGAUUAUAGUAUUAAGUCUAAUGUUUGUAGUAUUUAUUUUUACUGAUGAUGGAGAGAUGUAUUUUAACAGAACCAACAAAACCUUAUAUUACGCCGUAAGUAGAGUCAUUUGGGCUGUUGGAUUAUGCUGGAUAGUAUAUUCUUGUUACCAUGGCUAUGGAGGUAUUGUUAAUUGGAUCUUAUGUCUUCCUAUCUUUCAAGUAGGAGCCAAAUUAACAUAUAGUAUGUACUUGUUACAUUAUUUGGUUCUCGGACAUUUCGCACUUAGUAAUAGGACGAAAUUUAAUAUUAAUGACUACGUAGAGUUUUACCUAUUUUGCGGGUAUUUCAUUGAAACUUUCGUAUGGUCUUUCCUUUGGACUUUAGCUUUUGAAUCUCCAAUUAUAACUAUAGAAAAAUACAUUUUUAGCGGAACAAAACUAACAGAAGUUAAUCAUAACCAUAAUACCAAGAGGGUGGAAGAGAGUUGUGCUUAA